GAAGUGAAAUAAAUCCCCCUUUUUAAAAUAACCCUCUUGCUCCUGGGGGUUUGCUUGGCCGGGGAACGGAUGAUGCCUCCCGGAGCAAGGCUGCUGCCUGACCUGCCCUCGCAAGGGUGGGUGUGAAUCCUAACAGGUGAGGGGAAAGAGAAACCGCCUUUUCAUGCCGCCUGGACCUGGAUGGAGAAGGGGCGGAAAGCAAAAUGUAAAGGGUCCUGGCAUCCCAUCAUGUUUUGGACAGAACCGUUGCCAGCCUCCCUCAAGACUGGUGACAGACAGCCAAAGCGGGGUCACCGCCUCACGCCUUCAGACGAUGAGCUCUAUCAACAGACAACAGUCCAGCUCUUGGAGAAAGAAUCCAAUCAAAUCAUGUUCCUGGAAACUUACAGCAGUGGCGGUUUCACCAUUAGCGGGUGCAAGGUGAUCGGGCCCUGCGUGAUCUUUCCCCGAGCCAUCCUACAGUGGAACGUUGGCACACACAUGGACAUCACUGCUGAGAGCCUCACACUGUUCCGUCUGCUGGAGCCCCGAAUAGAAAUCCUGGUACUGGGGACAGGAACGAAGACCGAGAGAUUGGAUCCUGCAGUCUUGAAGUUUAUGCGCCAGUGUGGGGUUGCUGUGGAAGUCCAAGAUACGCCCAAUGCUUGUGCCACUUAUAAUUUCUUGAUCAGCGAGCGACGUAGCACAGCUGCUGCACUGAUCCCACCUUCCCAUCAUGAAUAGCUGAAAGUAAGACAAGCGGUCAGAUGAGUCCUUGGCAGAGGAGCAGAAGAGGCCUCAGCGCCCUUCUUCACUGCGGCACGGGGUGGCCCCUCUUGCUUGGGAGCAAAGCAGGCUGAAAAACUAUGGCGUCUUGCUGUGUGGAGCAGCAGAAUCCUUCCACUGGAGCUUCAGCUAAGUCAGAAUGAAGAUGGGGUGUAAUGGACGAGCAGUGUUACUGUUUGACUUUUAAGCAGAUGUUUUGCGGGGAUUGGCAGUUUGGCUGAAAAGGACGAAGUGGGCAUUUUAAGCCAUGUCGAUUAUUUGUUGGCCCUGUCAGGCCUUCUCCUAGCUCUCGUCCACUUUAAGAAGUGUUUUGUCCAGAAGGAACAUUUACUGUAUCCAUAUCAUACUCCUUCAUGGGAGUUGAAGACAGUAUGUGUACAUUCUGUUCUCACAGUACCUUUGUGAGGGGGACUGAAAUAAAGCCACUUGCUCAAGA